UAUAAGUUUUAUGUGCCAGUCAAAUUAGGGUAUUUAUUUGGAAGGAAAGGGAGAACAUAAGAGAAAAAUACACUCUAUACUUCACAUUCGCUAAAAAGUGUAUUAGGAGAACAAUUUAGGUUUUCAAAUAAUCGAAUGUAAGUCACUUUUAUCCACCAUCGUAAUUACGAAAAAAAAGGAAGAAAAAAAAAAAAAGAGAGGAGCUAUCCAUCUUCUUCCUCUUCAAUUUUCAGAAACUAAACUAGAUAGAGAGAAAAAUAAUCCAAAAAUCAUUAUUUGCCCUCAUCUCUCUCCUUCUUCCCCUUCCUCCUGAUUUUCUCUCUCCUCUCAAAACCCCCAUUUCGUUGAAACCUCUAACAAAUACCAUCUCCAAUUUCCAGAUUAUCAUAAUUUCUCUCUUUUUUUUCUUUAAUUUCUGCCCUAAUUUUUAUCAUCUUACCCCCAAUCCGAAGAAACCCUAGUUCCAAUUUCAUCCACCUCGAUUCUUCUUCUUUGCACAAAUCUCUCUCUUUUCCUUUCGAAUCUAUUACUUUUCGUGCCCAGAUCUUCUUAAGAACACCCUUUCAAAUUUUUCGAACGAAUAUUUUUUUAAUUUAAUUUUGUCGUAGUUUUCCCCCUUUUUAGAAGAAUUUCUGGGUUUUUGUGGGUGAUCGCUUUCUCCUUGAUUCGUAGAUUAGCUUUGCGUUUCUGGGUUUGAAUUCUGAAGGUAGAUAGAGGAGAGAGAAAAUGAGUAAUCAAAGGAGGAAGCCAUUUCAGAUAGAGGCGUUUAAGCAUAGGGUGGUGGUUGAUCCGAAAUAUGCUGAUAAGACUUGGAGAAUAUUGGAGCAUGCUAUUCAGGAGAUUUACAAUGAGAAUGCUAGUGGCCUUAGCUUUGAGGAGCUUUACAGAAAUGCUUACAACAUGGUUCUGCACAAAUAUGGUGAGAAGCUUUAUUCGGGUCUUGUGACAACAAUGACUUCACAUUUGAAAGAUAUAUCGAAAUCCAUAGAAUCUGCUCAGGGAGACGCUUUUCUUGAAGAGCUGAAUCGAAAAUGGGCUGAACAUAAUAAGGCGUUGCAGAUGAUUCGAGACAUACUGAUGUACAUGGACAGAACUUUUGUUCCCAGCACUCAUAAAACUCCAGUUUAUGAUCUUGGCUUGAAUUUGUGGAGGGAUAAUGUUAUCCAUGCCAGCAGUAUUCAGACAAGGCUUUUAAACACUCUCCUUGAUUGGAUUCAGCAAGAGAGAACCGGGGAGGUUAUUAACAGGGGGCUGAUGAGAAACGUAAUAAAGAUGCUAAUGGAUCUAGGGGCAUCUGUUUAUCAAGAGGACUUUGAGAAACCAUUUCUUGAUGUUUCUGCUAAUUUUUAUCGUGUUGAGUCUCAGCAGUUCAUUGAGUGCUGUGAUUGUGGUGAUUACCUAAAAAAAGCCGAGAGACGUCUGAAUGAAGAAAUCGAGAGAGUUUCACAUUAUCUGGAUGUCAGAAGUGAAGCCAAGAUAACAAAGGUAGUGGAGAGGGAGAUGAUUGCUAACCACAUGCCAAGGCUGGUUCACAUGGAUAAUUCAGGCCUAGUGAAUAUGCUUCUUGAUGAUAAAUAUGAAGACUUGGGGAGAAUGUAUAAUCUAUUCCGUCGGGUGGAUAAUGGUCUCAGCACUGUUCGAGAUGUGAUGACUUCUCACAUCAGAGAGGUUGGUAAGCAGCUUGUUACUGAUCCCGAAAGGGUGAAGGAUCCUGUAGAGUUCGUUCAGCGUCUUUUAGAUGAGAAAGACAAAUAUGAUAAAAUCAUAAGCUCUGCAUUUAACAAUGACAAGACUUUCCAGAAUGCCUUGAAUUCCUCAUUUGAGUACUUCAUCAAUUUGAAUGCCCGUUCUCCAGAGUUUAUCUCUCUGUUUGUGGAUGACAAGCUUCGUAAAGGUCUCAAGGGUGUUAGUGAAGAAGAUGUGGAGGUCGUACUAGAUAAGGUGAUGAUGCUUUUCAGAUAUCUGCAGGAGAAAGAUGUGUUUGAGAAGUACUAUAAACAGCACUUGGCUAAGAGACUGUUGUCAGGAAAGACUGUGUCUGAUGAUGCAGAGAGAAGCCUGAUCGUGAAGCUUAAGACAGAAUGUGGUUAUCAGUUUACUUCCAAGCUAGAGGGUAUGUUCACCGAUAUGAAAACUUCUCAGGAUACAAUACAAGGUUUUUACACCAAUCAUGGUGCUGAGCUAGGGGAUGGACCUACACUGGUUGUCCAGGUUUUAACAACUGGGUCCUGGCCCACUCAACCAAGUAUUCCCUGCAACCUUCCUGCGGAGCUGUCGUUACUUUGUGAAAAAUUCCGCUCGUACUAUCUUGGAACACAUACAGGCAGAAGAUUAUCCUGGCAAACUAACAUGGGUACAGCUGAUAUAAAAGCAACUUUCAGCAAGGGUCAGAAGCACGAGCUUAAUGUCUCAACCUUCCAAAUGUGUGUACUUAUGCUUUUCAAUAAUGCUGACAGACUUAGCUACCGGGAGAUUGAACAAGCGACUGAGAUUCCUGCCCCAGAGCUGAAGAGGUGUUUGCAAUCACUGGCUUGUGUCAAGGGAAAGAAUGUCCUUCGAAAAGAGCCCAUGAGCAAGGAUAUCGGUGAGAACGAUGAUUUCUUGUUCAAUGACAAGUUCUCAAGCAAAUUUUACAAGGUGAAGAUAGGAACAGUAGUUGCACAGAAAGAAUCAGAACCUGAAAAACAGGAAACUAGACAAAGGGUGGAGGAGGAUAGAAAGCCUCAGAUUGAGGCUGCAAUAGUGAGAAUUAUGAAAUCCAGGAAAGUACUAGAUCAUAACAAUAUUAUUGCUGAGGUCACAAAGCAGCUGCAAUCUCGUUUCCUGCCAAACCCAGUGGAGAUUAAGAAGCGUAUUGAGUCACUCAUAGAACGUGAAUUCUUGGAAAGAGAUAGUGUUGACAGGAAGUUGUAUCGCUACCUUGCUUAAUGGAUCAGUUUUCUAGCAUUCACUAGUGUUUUUCAUGUUUAGUGCUGAAAACUGGAAUUGAAUGAUGUACUUCAAAUUGAUAGUAAGCCAAUUGCUCUUGAAUUCCUUCAGCUCGGAUUUACAAGGUUUCCUUCAAUGUUGGGUAUCCCUUUUAAAUACCCUAGUCUUUCUUGAUCAGGAACUUUUGGCAGGAUGAUUGAUUUGUCCCAGGAAGUUGAUGAAGGCAACCCACUUCAAAACACAAUGUGGAAGAACCGGCUUGGAGUCGCAUUUUGUCUUGAAAAUCCUUGUGCGUAUCAAAAGAUUCACUGCCCUUAUUCUUUGAUGGGAAGUCGUUUACUUUUCUUGACUAGAUGUUGCUGCUUCAAUUAUGUUAAGAGCUGCUUUGAUUUGUAUAGUUUGCUGUUGUAUGGCGUACGCCCAUUGCAAUUUGUUAGCUUGCUGUAAGCUAAUCAAUUGUGGGAUGUCGUACACCAUAAUGCUUAAAUUAUGAAAGGUGCCGAACUUGGUGAUACUUAGUUGCUGAAAGUUUAUUAAAUCUUAUCAAUGUUGCACA